UGGGGAUUUCUGACGACAUCAAUCGCUUGGACAAUCGCAGCUACCAAGGGUCCGAUACAAUGAUACCUUCAAAUUCUUAUGCAUAGCCAACGUUGAUUCCAAAUCAUCACUUUUCCUUCUAUUCAUGAUUCCAUCCUGUGUAAACCUCUUAUCAUUGUACGAAUAUAUAUACCGUAGCUUUCCAACAGAUAGGUAAUGCGAUUACCUCCGUUCUCCAAUUUGCUUCGUACUUUCUACUCCUUCUCUUACUUUGCUAGAGUGCGCCCCUUAACUCAACAAACCCAACAUUCAUUACUACGCAAUCCAUCGACUUUGAGGUCUAUGCCGACUAUACCCUUCCUCGGGAGCCUAUUUGGAUCAAGCCCGAAUCAAUCUAGCGCCAUGUCGUAUCCAGACCAGAGAUCCGCCGAUGAGUGGCGUGCUGUUCUUACCAAAGAGCAAUUCAGAAUUCUUAGGGAAAAGGGGACUGAGGCCCCAGGGUCUGGUAAAUACGAUAAAUUCUUUUCCGAGUCUGGAGUAUAUACAUGUGCCGGUUGUAAUGCACCCCUGUAUAAGGCAAACCACAAGUUCAAGUCUGGCUGCGGAUGGCCGGCUUACUUCGACAGCAUUCCUGGCGCUGUCACGAGGCACGAGGAUAAGUCUUGGGGUAUGGCAAGAACUGAGAUAUGCUGUGCCAACUGCGGCGGUCACCUAGGCCAUGUUUUUAAGGGCGAGGGGUACCCUACGCCAACCGACGAGAGACACUGCGUCAACAGUAUUAGCUUGAAUUUCUCCCCCGAAGAUAAGCCAGCAGAAACCAAGUGAAGCAGAAUAUUGGCGCAGGGUUGAGGUCAUGAUGUACGAGUGGAUGUUUCUCAUGAUGUUUAGUGGGCAGGGAAGGCAAAAGCAUAAUGGAUGAACGAUGCUAGUAAAUGUGAGCUUUAGUUGUUUUAUCUUCCUUAUCAAGCCAGACGAGUUUACGCUUAGUGGAUAAUGCCGUCAGUAGCAUAACUUUUGGCAUAUAUGCACCUUUGCUCUCCCAAUUCGUUCCUUCAAGUACAUUCUGUUGUCCUUUUGUAAGGAGAGACUUGGACAGGAAGCGAGGAGCAAGCGCGAAAGCUUCGAUGGUCUCUAGCUAUAUUUAGACCGGUGUAAUGAAAUAUUUCACAUUAAUAUGCCA